CGUAACGAAGGAGGCGCGUGACGGAGGAGCGGUUGGCCGACGCUGCAGCUGCAGUCGGAGUAAACAAGGCCUCGCGCGCCUGUGGGUCCUGCUACCGCUCCUGGCCGGUGGGUGGUCUCGCGCGGGGCAGUAACCGCCGGCUUCAGUAGGAGGUGCUUGGCGACUUCCUCCAUGCCUCGCCCCUUCGCGUACACACCCCCGGCACACCACGUGGGCGUAAGGCAUGGGAGGGGGGCCGAAUUCUAACGUCAUUGGCUGUUGCUGCUGCCGGCUCCCGCAAGACAGUACUCUGAUUGGUCGGUAAGGGGGGCGUCGGGGGUCUCUGAAUCCUCAGGUUUCUGAUUCGUUAGAUGAGAUUAGCUAGUGAGGCGCUUUCUUCCGCAAGGGUUUUCAUUGGUCUGCCAGACAGGUUACCUGGGAAUCCACCCCUUCCAGGGACUUUGAUAGGAUUGGGGAAGUUUUGUGAUCCUGAAAUCUUGGGAGUUGUCACAUGCUAAAGAAAAGGGAUCGCAGUCCCUAGGAAGGGUCUCUUUUCCGGAGACCCUGGUAUUUCUAGAACAGGCUUUGCUUUCACCAACGAGGUGACAGGAAGAGCCCCUGCAGAGAUCCCAAGGAUGCUGUGACCAGAAGAUGGGAUCAAGGAACAGCAGCAGUGCAGGAUCUGGGUCCGGCGACCCCUCCGAGGGCUUGCCCGAAAGAGGGGCUGGCCUGCGAAGGAGUGAGGAAGAGGAAGAGGAGGAUGAAGAUGUGGAUCUGGCCCAGGUACUGGCCUAUCUCCUCCGCAGAGGCCAAGUGAGAUUGGUGCAGGGAGCAGCAAAUUUACAGCUCAUCCAGGCCCUCUCUGACUCAGAGGAAGAGCACGAUAGUGCCUGGGAUGGUCGUCUGGGGGACCGAUACAACCCACCUGUGGAUGCAACCCCUGACACCCGGGAGCUGGAAUGCAACGAGAUCAAGACACAAGUGGAAUUGGCCACAGGGCGGCUGAGGCUUAGACGGGCGGUCCAGGAGCACAGCUUUCCUCGAAUGCUGUUCCAGAGACAACGGGGCCUCUGCCGCCAAGGAAGCUUCUCCCUUGGAGAACAGUCUCGAGUGAUGUCUCAUUUCUUGCCCAAUGUUCUGAGCUUCACCGACACCUACUCUCAGAAGGCUUUCUGUGGCAUCUACAGCAAAGAUGGUCAAAUUUUCAUGUCUGCUUGCCAAGACCAGACAAUCCGACUGUAUGACUGCCGGUAUGGUCGCUUCCAUAAAUUCAAAAGCAUCAAGGCCCGGGAUGUAGGCUGGAGUGUCCUGGAUGUGGCCUUCACCCCUGAUGGGAACCACUUCCUAUACUCCAGCUGGUCUGAUUACAUUCAUAUCUGCAACAUCUAUGGGGAGGGAGAUGCACACACGGCCUUGGAUCUCAGGCCAGAUGAACGUCGCUUUGCUGUCUUCUCCAUUGCUGUCUCCUCAGAUGGACGAGAAGUGCUAGGAGGGGCCAAUGAUGGUUGUCUGUAUGUCUUUGACCGAGAACAGAACCGACGCACCCUUCAGAUCGAAUCCCAUGAGGAUGAUGUGAAUGCAGUGGCCUUUGCUGAUAUAAGUUCCCAAAUCCUGUUCUCCGGGGGUGAUGAUGCCAUCUGCAAGGUGUGGGAUCGACGUACCAUGCGUGAGGAUGACCCCAAGCCCGUGGGUGCACUGGCUGGACACCAGGAUGGCAUCACCUUCAUUGACAGCAAGGGUGAUGCCCGGUAUCUCAUCUCCAACUCCAAAGACCAGACCAUCAAGCUCUGGGACAUCCGGCGCUUUUCCAACCGGGAGGGCAUGGAAGCCUCACGCCAGGCUGCCACACAGCAAAACUGGGACUACCGUUGGCAGCAGGUGCCCAAAAAAGCCUGGCGGAAGCUGAAGCUCCCAGGGGACAGUUCCUUGAUGACCUACCGGGGCCACGGGGUGCUGCACACCCUCAUCCGCUGCCGAUUCUCCCCAACCCACAGCACCGGGCAGCAGUUCAUCUACAGUGGCUGCUCUACUGGCAAAGUGGUUGUGUAUGACCUCCUCAGUGGUCACAUUGUGAAGAAGCUGACUAACCACAAGGCCUGUGUGCGUGACGUCAGCUGGCACCCCUUUGAGGAGAAGAUUGUCAGCAGUUCGUGGGACGGGAACCUGCGUUUGUGGCAGUACCGCCAGGCUGAGUACUUCCAGGAUGACAUGCCAGAGUCCGAGGAAUACCCCAGUGCCCCCACCCCAGUGUCCCACCCCUCCACAGCCUUUUCCUCUCCCCAGUAGAUGUGACCUCCAACCCCGUACAUGGGUGAGUCUCUUGACAAGUUCACUGCCUCCUCCCUUUCUCCCUUCUGGGAGAUGUUUAGAGGAAUCACUGGCAUUGGACUGGGAAAAACAGAAGCCCAGGUGCCUGGGCUGCAGCUGAGCCCUGGAGGAUCCUCCCCACAAGGCAGAAAGGACUUGUUUCACAUGCUAGCACCCAGUUGGCUUGGGUCCCUAUCUCUGGCCAGGGUCUUGCCCAACUGCCAUUAUCUGGGGUGUGGCCUCUGCCAGCAGGGGAACUGUCCCGAGUGUUUUUCAAUCAUGUUUGGAAUGUUAGGUAUUGGUUCCUAGAGUAGUAAGCCUGAGGCCAGGUCUGAUCUGACCGGCCAAAAGCCUCGCCACCUUGCCAGACCCAUCACCCAGGCCUUCAAGUUGAGGAUUAGACUGGCCUGGCCUUUCUUCCUGAGGUCGUAAUGGCUAGAGCUCUAGCCCUUCGGGGGAGGGAAGGUAGCUAAGGAUGUUUUCUCAGCAUCCUCCUGGGGUGGGAAUUAUUAUGUCUUUUCUCUCAUACAUCUGGGUCUUUGGGGUAGGACAGGCUGUAGUGUGAGAAGCAGGCCCUGCCCUCCCAAAGCGUCCCCUCAUGCUGGAGACCAGCAGCUUCAAGGAGGGAGGUUGAGGUGGGACUCCUCUGUCCUCACUGGCUUUGGCUCCCUCAAUAAACUCCCGGUGGGAACCUGGCUCAG